AGGCAGUCAUGGAAAACGGGAGAAAGCAACUAAGUCCUGAGCAAGAUGCCCUGGAGCACAUAGUUGCUUGCAAAGAUAAACCCUUCUUGGAGGAAAGGGAGAGGUGUGGUCACCUCGGAAGCUAUUGAACCAUCCACCUUUGUUGUUGAAUAUCGGGGGAACAUCUUUGCUCAAAGACAAAGGCCUAAGAAAUGUGGCGAUUCGCUGAACAAUUACUUGUUUGAGUUUUCAUGGAUUGGAACACACUGGUGCAUUGAUGCUUCAGCAGAGGAUGGGACCCUUGGAAGACUUGUGAAUGAUGAUCACAUAAGUCCUAACUGUGAAAUUAAGAAAAUUGUUUAUGAAGGAAAGCCACACUUGUGCCUGUUUGCAGUGAAAAAAAUAUCUGUGGGUGAGGAGAUAACUUACAAUUAUGGGGACUCCUCUUAUCCAUGGCGCUCAGGGGAAUCCUAUGAUGAAUUGAGUUCUUUCAACAUGGAAUCAUGUCCUUCUUCAUUAAAUCCAAAGAAUGAAAUGUUUCAGAGCUCUGAAGCUUCCAGUUCUGAAGAAUCCUGCUUUGAUGAUCAUGAAGAAUGUGAUAUUGGGCCAAGUCUUGAUGAUGACAGUUUUACCAACAUCAAUUGUCAGCUGGAUUUCAGGGACAACUCACCUUUUACAGAAUCAGAUUCCUUUAAAGAGAUGACUGCUUCAUGUACCCAGCAGCAGGAGGAGGAGGAGGGGGAGGCUGCUUUCAGUUCUGAUGAACACAGCUGGGAUGAAGAUGAUGGAACUAGUGAUGCUACACAAAAGUCCGAAGUCUCUGCUUACAACAAUAAGAACUACUGUUAUGUUUGUGGGAAAGGUGUGAUUAAGAGCGCUCGACACCUUUUAACGCAUGCUAAUGAGGAGCCUGAAAUCGCAGAAGUAUUUUCAUUACCAAAACACUCCAAGGAACGAAAACAGUUGCUUGAUGAUUUGCGCAACAGAGGAAAUUACAAACAUAAUCAAGACGUGUUGAGAAAUAACAGUGGAGAGCUGAAACUGCGAAGACGACCAACAUCUACAGGAGUAACCUCUAAAACAUGCACACACUGUCUAUAUUGUAAAGGCAUGUUUCAACGUAAGGAGCUGUGGAGGCAUGUAGCCAAAUGCCCCGCUAAGACACAAAACUCAGCAAAAGGUGGCAAGACUAGAGUCUUAAGUGAGAUUGCACUUGCAGAGUCACCAUUCUCAGAAAAAGUUACAUCUGAUGUGUGGGAGAUGCUUUUGACCAUGAAACCAGAUGAGAUUGGUAUGGCAGUUCAGAAUGAUUAUCUUUUAAUGCAGCUGGCUCAAUAUCUGUCCGAGAAGAGUGGCAAUAAACCAAAUAAACAUGAUGUCAUCAGACAGAAGCUGAGAGAAAUGGGAAGACUCUUGUUAGCGCUGAGAGAAAAAUCAAUAUUUUCCUUUGAGGAGGCUAUCAAACCUGAAAACUUCUACCGAGUUGCUGAGGCUGUCAAAGACAUUGCUGGUUUUGAUGAAAAGAUGCAGUGCUACAAAACACCAAAUCUUGCUUCAAAAAUAGGACAUUCACUCAAAGCAAUAGGCAACAUUGCCCUGGCUGAAGCUGAUGGCAAUGAAGAGAUGAUGAAAGACACAAAGAAAUUCAUGAAAUUGUAUGCAAAACAAUGGACAUCGCUUUUCUACAAAACAGUCCAGGCUUGGCAGAACGGACAAAGAGUAAACAACCCAUCUACCAUACCAUUCACACAUGAUGUGCAGCUUUUCCACAAGUACCUAGAAACAGCAUCAGCUUCUGCCAUUGAAGGCCUGAAGAUGUAUGAAAACACACAGAUCUACAGUGCACUUUGCAGAGUUACACUUGCACAGGCAUCUGUCCUAAACAAAUGUGUUCCUGAAGUUUCAAGAAUGACACUCAAGGCAUUUCAGGAAAGGGAUGAAACUACCAAAGUGUUGUCCAAGAACUUCAUCAGAAUAAAUACCCAAGGCAGGAGUGGCCAAAACGUUGCUGUCUUGUUGACCUCUGAACUUGUCGAUGCAAUAACGUUGCUUGUAAACAAGAGAGAUGCGUGUGGAGUGCACAAACAAAAUCCCUUCUUAUUUGCAAGGCCUAACUCCUCUGCUACAAACUUCUACCACGGAAGGAUCUGCAUCAGAGCCUUUUCAAGCCUGUGUCGUUUGAAGAACCCAGAGUAUUUCAGGUCGAUGCAUCUUUACAAGCACAUUGCAAGAGUGUUCCAGAUUCUCAACCUCGAGAAUGACGAGCUGGAUCACCUUGCUAAAUUGCUGGGCCAUGACAUCCGGGCUGACAGGGACUAUUAUCGGUUGCCAGAGGCAGCUGUUGAACUUGCAAAAAUCGCGAAGCUACUUCUGGCAAUGGAGAAAGGGUCUCUGGAAAGAUUCAAAGGAAACUCUCUUGAGGACAUUGAGAUUGAGGAUGAAUUGGAGUCAGAUGUGGAGCAGAGCAACCCUGAUAACGCAGAUGCUGAGGAGGACAAUGAAGAAUCAGAUUGCUUGCCUCAGCAGAGUGAUGCAGUGGAACAACAGGGGAGUCAACUGAGUCCUGAGCAAGAUGCCCUGGAGCACAUAAUGGCCUGCAGAGACAAACCGUCCCUGGAAGAAAGGUUUAUUGACCCGUCUAAAGGAAGAGGUGUGUUCACCCUUGAAUCCAUUGCACCAUCCACAUUCGUUGUUGAAUAUCGGGGGAACAUUUUCCCUCACCAAGAAACCGAGAACAAGAAAUGUGGUGACACUCUGAAUGGUUACUUCUUUGACUUCUCGUGGAAUGAAAAAAACUGGCGCAUUGAUGCUUCAAUAGAGGACAAGACCCUCGGAAGACUUGUGAACGACGAUCAUAUAAGUCCUAACUGCAAAAUGAAGAAAAUUGUCUGUGAGGGAAAACCACACUUAUGCUUGUUUGCGGUGAAGAAAAUAUCCCCAGGCGAAGAGAUAACUUACAAGUAUGGGGAUUCCUCUUAUCCGUGGCGCUCAGGGGUUAAAGACUCAGCAGUCUGCAGUUCUGCAGAAUCCUGCUGUGAUGAAGAGUACCUACCUGACAGUGGACCAACCAGUGACAACCAGAUGAACAAUUCAGGUUUCACAGAGUCUGGUUGUUCUAAACAGCAGAGCUCAGAUGCUUCAUUCGUGCAGCAGGAGGACAAAGGGAAUGACAGCCCUGAGGGGUCCGACUCUGAUAGUGACUCCUCACACAGUGAUGCUUCAUCACAGUCUGAAGACCCUCACUGCACCAGCAAAAAUUACUGUUAUGUUUGUGGGGAAUCGAAGGCCAAAAUUUCUCGUCACCUUUUCACCCACAAAAAUGAAGAAGCGGAUAUCGCUAAAGCGUUUGCAUUACGUCGAAAAUCCAAGGAACGGAAAAGACUACUGAAUGAGUUACGAAACAGAGGAAAUUUUAAACAUAAUCAGAAGGUUUUGAAGAGUAACCAAGGACCACUGAAAUUGAUAAGAAAAUUAAGCAUUUCCAACACUGAUAAAAAAGAGCUUGCAGUCUGUCUCUAUUGUAAAGGCAUGCAUGUUCGCAGGCACAUGUGGCGACAUUUGCAAAAGUGUCCUGCAAAGAAAUAUACGCAAUCUCCAGUAGUGGUCAAGACUAAAAUCUCAACUAUGGUUGCUGUUGCAGAGUCACCUGACUCCCAGGGACUUUCGUCAGAUUUGAGAAACGUCCUUAAGAAGCUGAAGGAUGAUGAGGUUGCUUCUGUAGUUCGGAAUGAUUCCCACAUACUGCAGCUGGCGCAGUACAUACACCUCUAUAAUGAAGGUAAAACAAAAAACGUUUCACACAUCCAACAGAAACUGAGGGAAAUGGGAAGACUCCUGUUGCAACUGAGAACAAAGUCUAUAUUCAGCUUUGAAGAAGCUAUCAAACCACAAAACUUCAGCAAACUUGCUGAAGCUGUGAAAGAGGUUGCAGGUUUCAGUGAAGAGAUGAAGUCAUGUAACAGACCAAGUGUCUACCGGAAAUUGGGAAUGUCACUGAAGAACCUUGCCAACAUUAAUCUUGCCAGGGCCUUAAAAGAAAAUGCUGAUAAACAGACAAUAGAAGAAGCGGAGACAUUUGUGAAAUUGUGUGCUGAAGAAUGGAUCUACGUCCACUCAUCACAACCAAAUGUGGAUGGCCUGUCAACGAUACCGUUCAUACAGGAUAUUCAGCUCCUCUACCAGUGCAUGGAUAAGACCGCAUCCUCUGCAGUUGAAAGCCUGACGAUGUACGAGAGCCCACCAGUCUAUAUUGCACUUCUCAGAGUCACAGUUGCACAAGUGUCAGUCUACAACAAAUCUGCGCUAGACGUUUCAACAGUAACACUCAAGUCAUUCAAGGAAUGGGAGGAAACUGAGCUUCUUGACAACACUGUUGUCUGCCAGUCACAGUUUGAGCAAAUUCUGUCCAAGCGCUUCAUGAAGGUCAAUGUCAUGAUCAGUGGAGACAAAAAACUAGCAGUUACACUUACACCUGAAGUGCUCAGUGCGAUAAAACUGCUUGUGAGCAAGAGAGAAUCAUGUGAUGUACAUGAAAGUAACCCCUUCUUAUUUGGGAGGCCUGCUGCCAAAUGUAUUGGCUACUUAAAGGGACGCCAGUGUGUCCAGACUUUUGUAGAUCGGUGUAAGGCAAAGAAUCCCGAGCACCUCAGGUCUCUUUUCUUUCAUAAGCACAUUCUGAGAGUGUUCCAGAUUCUCAGCCUCACAAACAACGAACUUGAUCAGCUAAGCAAACUGCUGGGCUGUGAUAUUCGGACGGACAGAGAUUACUAUCAGUCACCAGAGGCAGCUGUCGACAUCGCAAAGAUUUCAGAGCUACUGUCGGCAAUGGAGAAUGGAUCUCUUGAAAGAUUCAAAGGGAAGUCUCUUGAGGAAAUUGAGUUUGCAGACAAAUGGGAGCCAGAGGCGGAGCAGGACAACCCUAAAGUCAGUGAUGCUGAGGAGGGCCAUGAUGAAUCAGAAAGGGGUCGUUCCUCUUCAAACUCUUCUUUUAAGAAAACCAGCAGAGUUCGCCAAGUUUCUUCAAGGAAACGUGGCCGAUCCAAGAAAAGUGAGUCUUCUGAGCUGAAUAAUGAGAAACGUGAUGCAGUGACCACAGAGAAGGAUGACAGGCCAGAUGAAAUGUCUCUGAGCUGUGCUGUCAACACACGAGAGGGAAGACCAUCUCGUAGCAAAGCCAAGGCAUCAAACAUUUGUUUUAGUGAUGAUGACGAUGACAUGAAUGUGGACUUCGACAUGGACUUCGACAUGGACUUCGACACCGAUGAGGAACUUCCUGUCUCUCCUCCAGGUCAUUCCUCUUCGAAACGCUCCUUUUCAGCUUUAAAAAAAACUAGCAGCGUUUGCCAAGUCCCUCCAAGGAAACGUGGCCGACCCAAAAAAACUGAGUCUAAAAAGGCAUCUUCUGAGCUGAAUGAUGAGAAACGUGAUGCAGUGAACACAGAGAAGGAUGACAAGCCAGAGGAAAUGUCUCUGAGCUUUGAUGUCAACACACGAGAGGAAAGACCAUCUUGUAGCAAGGACAACGCAUCAAACAUUUGUUUUAGUGAUGAUGACGAAGACAUGAACGUGGACUUUGACAUGGACAUAGACACCGAUGAUGACAUGGACAGAAAUCCGGAAAAUUAUAGCGGCAGUGAUACAAACAGCCCAGCAGCAACACCUGUGAUAAAAGAUGUCACGAAGAAGAGGGACAGUCACAGCGGUGAUAAGAAGAAAGACAGUUCUUCCAAGUCUGCCCCAGAUAUGGACCUUGAAGGGAGCAUGGACAGCGAUGCAGAGAAAGAAAAUCAAAAGAAAGGAGGGGAAGAAAGUAACUUGAUGGAUGUGGAUUGCAGGUAUUCAUCUGCCACCUUAAAUACAGUAAAGAAGAGCAAAUUGUUGGCUGCACUGGCUGGUACGAAACAAUUGAAGAUAUUAAUCCCAAAACUGGACAUAGAGAAGUUGCAGUCUCCAGUCCACAUGUACCAGUUACCACCCUGUAACUCUGUUGAGAGGCCAGUCGGAUAUCCACCAAUCCAAGACAACGACAACGAGCCUAUCCCUGAAAAGGACAUACGGAUGAACUGCUCCCACUGCAAGAAGAGCAUGCUGAAGGGCCAAACAGCUUUCCAGAAGAAGGGAUUCACGGAUGUCUUCUGCACAAAAAGCUGCCUGUUUCAAAUGUUUCCCAUCAACAAAAGAGCUGUCAAGACAUGUCAUUACUGCCUCAAGGAGAUGACAGAGCUUUCGGACCUCAUCAUGGCUGCAGUGGACAAAAAGGGAACUAUGAAGGAUUUCUGCAGUCCAGCGUGCCUUCUCUCUUUCAAGUCCAACCCUGAGUCCACCCAGACACCGCAGUCAAUCUGCUGCCAGUGUUACAAAACCUGCACUAGCACAUGUGAGCUCACCCUGGACGAGUCUGUCUACAAGUUUUGCAACUUUGCCUGCUUGGAAGUUUUCCGCAGUUACAACAUGACCGUCUGUGAGAACUGCAACACCUACUGCCACAGGAAACCGCUUGUCCUGAAGAUGGAGGAGGGCACCAAAACCAUCUGCAGCGACAAAUGCCUGGACGAGUUCAAAGAGAAUAUCAACACACCUCACAAGUGUACCAUGUGCAACACAUGUCAACCGGUCUCCAACAUGAUUGCCCACAAAAAUGAUGACGACACUGUGGAACUCUUCUGCUCUCGAACCUGUGUGACGUCCUACAAGCUACGGCCUGUAACUGUUUACAAGCUUCAAGGAAAGGCUCGGAUGAAGAAGUGGCGUAAAGGCACACAAUCAAAUGAAAAAACAAAUACUGAGGAUGGACAGGUGGGCUCAGACCAAAACGAUGUGUCUCCAGCUGCAAACUCAGCGAACAUGCCAACAUUAACCAUCGCAGACUCAUGUAUUCUUUGUUGCCACUGCGGAAAGAGUCUGCCGAGAGGACAGACACUUUACCAGCCGAGAAACUCACAAGAGGUUUUUUGCUCUGCCUCCUGCCUCUCUGUAAGGCAUCCCCACAUCAACUUAGCCACCAAAAGCUGCUACAACUGCUGUCAGGUGAUAAUGCGACCUCACAAUAUCAUCCUGGCUCCGGUGGAUGAUUCAGGAACUAUAAAGGAGUUGUGCAGUUCGACUUGCCUCGCUUUUGUCCAAUCCAAAAUUAAAAUGGCUGCUCCAAAACUUCCACCGAAGGAAGGACCUCGGGCAGAGUGCCGGAUGUGUGGAAGAUACUGCAAGUGCAAAUACAAGCUGACCAUCAAUGAUACGCUCUACCGAGUGUGCGGCGACGCAUGCUUCAUCAAGUAUCACGAAGUCAACAACUUGCCUUUGUUUACCUGCGACAUCUGCAACACCCUCGAUAUCAAUGUUGACAAACGGCUCUUGUUGGUGACAGAAGACGGCGAUAAAACGAUCUGCAGUGAAGAAUGUCUGGUCAAGUUCAAAGAGGAAGUCAAGUCAUCUCAGUUGUGCACCAUGUGCCAGACGUCCCAUCGGUUGUCAGAUAUGGUCGAAAACAAAAACGACGAGGGCAAGUUGAACUUCUUCUGCAGCAUCCGAUGCAUGAUGGUAUACAAGGCCCAGUCGCUCACUGAGUCAGGGACGAAAAGCCCAUCAUCGGAAGAGAAUGACAUCAGAGAAGUAAAGCCAUUAGUACCAAAGUUGGAGUUUAUAAAAGAAGAGCCCAUUGAUGAGGAGUACAACCAGAAUCUCCCAUCCUCUGUAUCUAUAGCAGACAUCAAGGAUGAGCCAAAUAUGAAAAAGGAGGACUUAAAGAUCGGCUCAGUCUUCUCCUUGACGGACAGCUGCACAUCUGCUGCUCCCACUCUCACCCACAUGGAUCUGCCUGCAUCAUGCUCCUCCUGCGAAAAGGUCCUGAUGGAUGGAAAGACUGUGUACCAGAGGAAAAGCCACGCAGACAUCUUCUGCUCCAGCUCCUGCCUCUUACAGUUUUAUCAAAUGACACCAGUGAAGAAGACUUGCCACUUCUGCCUUCAGGUGAUCACAGCGCCUCAGGACAUCCUCCAGGCCCCAGUGGAUAAUGAGGGCCAGAUAAAGGACUUCUGCAGCCAGACCUGCUUCUCCUCCUUCAACUACAAGAGAAUUGUAUCCACCAGAAUACCCAUCGUGCCGCUCCCGUCACAGUCACAAUGCAGCAUGUGCAGCAGAUACUGCAUUAGCAAACAUGAGGUCAUACAGGAGGACACCGUCUACAAAAUCUGCAGUGAACCCUGCUUCCUCCGUUUCCGCAAUCUGUCCAUCUGCAAGAACUGUAACGCCCGUUGCAACACACCACUGACGCUCAAGAUGGAUGACGACAGCAAAACAUUUUGUAGUGCAGAGUGUCUGGAACAUUUCAAACAUGAAAUCACAGCGCCACAGCCCUGCUCCAUGUGCAACACAUCCUGUCUGAUGUCGGACAUGGUGGAAAACAAAAGCAGUGAGGAUGUGGUGGAACUCUUCUGCUCCAGCAGUUGUCUGACGGCGUCUAAGAUUCAGGCGGUCAGCGCGUCAGGCACUGAAUUGAAUUGUGAUAACUGCAGUAAGACUACAGUGCCCGCCUGCCACCUCGCCAUGUCAGAUGCCUCCAUCAAAAAUUUCUGCGCGCUAAACUGUGCCAUGGUUUUUAAGGAGACUCACAUGAAUGAUGCAACUAGCCCCACAGGGGCCCACGACCAAACACAGUGUGAUUCCCAAAAAACACCAGAGAAACUGCCAUGCGCACAGUGUCGCCGCAUCAUAAAAACUGCUCCCCAAGUCGUCCAGAAAAAGUCUGUUGCCUUGGAGACGCUUCAGAACUUGGACAGCAAUGACUCUGAUGGAGGGGAUCUGUCAGAGGGGGAAAGUGACAGCGACCAUUCAUGGGUGAAUGAAAACACUUCAUCAUCAUCAGAGAGUGAUUCAGAGUUCAUACCGAGAAAAAAGAGGCGGCUUUCAUUGGAGACUAAGGAUCCAGAUGUUCAGUUAACGGCUAAAGCACCAGAUCUUCCAGAAAAAGUAUCUGCUCCUGAUCCAACCGGUGUGCUCAGCCUGCCCUUGGAGUCAUCUGGGCUGGAGGCAGCUGUGGAAAAGGGGCAGGAUGGGACGGUGUGGACCGUCGUUCAGCCAUCUGAACAUUCAGGGAGAAGGCAGAGUGAAAAUGUUCUGACUGAAGCUGCCGGCCCCACAGCACAUGCAAAGGGCGCUAUUGAAGAUGCAGUCACAGCAUUCUUGUGUGUAUUUGAUGACAGCAUGCUGAAGCACAUUAGGGACUGCACUGUGGCAGAGGCACAUCGCCACUAUGGUGACAGCUCAUGGGACCUGACAGUUGCUGAGCUGAAAGCCUUCAUCGCCUUGCUAUACAUCCGAGGAGCACAGGGUGCAAAACACAUGGACAGCCUGUGGUCGGAAAAAUUGGGCUUUCUGUUUUACAAGGAAACCAUGGCCAGAAACCGCUUUAGGGACAUAAUGAAGUUCCUGCGGUUUGAUAGGAAGGAGACUCGACAUGUGCGUCUGCAGAACGACAAGUUUGCCCUGGUGUCGGCCACUUGGAACAAGUUUGUUCAGAAUUGCACAGCGUGCUACGAGCCUGGUGUCGACAUCACAAUAGAUGAACAGCUUUUCCCCACUAAGGCCCGCUGCAAAUUUAUUCAGUACAUGGAGAACAAGCCUGAAAAAUUUGGCAUCAAAUUUUGGCUAGCUGUGGAUGGCCAAACAAAAUACAUGCUGAGCGGGGCUCCGUUUCUGGGAAGGGAGGAGCCGCAGAGCAGAGGUCAGCUCACGGGAGAGAGUGUAGUACUGAAACUGGCAGAGCCCUUCUUUGGGAAGGGAAGAAAUAUUACAACUGGUAAUUCCUUCACUUCUCUGAAACUGGCCACCACCUUACAGGCCAAGAGGACCAGCCUGAUUGGUACCCUGAAGAAAACAAAGUGCGAGUUGCCCCCCUCUGUGAAAGAGCGAGCGGUGCUGUUCAGUACAAAGGUGCUGAAUUGUGGUGAUGCGACACUCACCGUUUACCAGGGAAAGCGCAAGAAGAAUGUGUGUAUUCUCAGCACCGUGCACACAAGUGUGAGCAUCACCAAUGGGCCGAAGGCAAAGCCAGAGUCUGUGACGUACUUAAGUAACACAAAGUACGGCGUGGACAUUCUGAAUCAGAACGCAAAGAUGUACUCUGUGAAAGGCGGCACAGGUAGAUGGCCUGUGGCCGUAUUCUAUAAUAUCCUGGACCUGGCUGGGAUCAACGCCCACAUCCUUUUCAAAGAAUGCACCGGCAGCAGAAUAAACCGGAGGAAGUUCCUGCAUCAACUGGCUGAGGAGCUGAGAGCCGACUUCAUGGAUGAGAAAAGGGCAGCGUUGAUGUCCACACCAAGCACCAGUCAGCCGCAGACACCAAAACGGAGACAGUGCCAAGUUCGGAAUAGGUGCAACCAGAAUAAAACACAUGACUGCUGCCGCCUGUGUCACAAACCUGUGUGUGGAAACUGUGCAGGGAGGAAAGAGGUCACGUGUGUUAACUGUGACGGCAAAAUGAAUUUCGUCUGCAGCCCGGCCUGUGCUCAAGAGUUUAAGAGAGUGAACAACAUUAUUGGCGAGUGUGAAUACUGUAAGAUGGAAAAGAUCAUCGGAGACGCCAAGAGAGUCAACAACAAAGACUGCUACUUCUGUAGUGACAGCUGCAGGAUGCUCUUUGAAGAUAAUCUUGAAAAGAAGUGGGGGAAAUACUGUCGCUCGUGUGCUUACUGCCUCUCCAUCUCCGAGGCGGUGGUGACAGCAUCCUACGAAAAAAAGACCAUGGAGUUCUGCUCUGAAGACUGCAACUUAAAUUACAAAAUGCUCCACUGCCGUGUUGCCAGCUGUGCCACCUGCAGUCGCAAAAGGAAACUAAAGCAGAGUCUUUCCAUGCUGGGGGAGGUCAAACACUUCUGUGAUAUGAAAUGUCUGCUUCUCUUCUGCAACAAAAAAGGACAAAUGGUCAACACAGGUGCAGCUGAGUCCUCUCCUGUCAUCGCUAACGUUAUUUCACUCGCUGGUGUUUUGAAACGGCAUCGCAGCGCUUCAACCGACACUUCACAGCAUGAUUUGGUCUCUGACAUUCAAACAAAGGUUGUUGGGCAUGCCAGUGUCCAAACUGUCCCAAAGGAACUGAAGAACAAGUCCAUGCUCUGCACACCGUUAGUCCACAACAAGGGAGUCUCGUGUGCAACACAGACAGUCGAUGCAGAGGCUCAAACAGAUGUCUUUGUACCUAAAGUCAUAACCCUGCCUGUGCCGGUUCCGGUCUACAUUCCUGUGCCGAUGAACAUGUACAGCCAGUACACACCCAAACCCGUCGGCCUGCCCUUACCGCUGCCUGUGCCCGUGCUCGUCCCUGUGAUGCUGGACAACUCAGACUCAACAAUAAAAUCCAUGAGGGAGAAGCUUCCCCCUGACAGCUUUGAGGGCGAGCUCAGCUCCGAAGUAGAAAGUCAAGACACUCAUGUCCUCAAAGACCUCACCAGUCACUGCAGUGAUGACCUGGAUAGGUUAAACAACCAGGAGGACUCCUUCUCUGACACCAGACUCGGGUCGCUCAGUCGACCACAUACCCACAAGGAACCCCUUCUGAACUUCGAUAUGGACCAUCCAGCUCCUCCUCCUCCUGAUCUCACGAUGGAGAUGAAGGAGAAUCCCCUGAGCUCACUGAGCCCUGUGCCGGCCCAUCCGCUACUACAAGAAACUGUCGUAAAAGUCCACAAUAAGAAUAAGGGUCGUAAGCUGCAACAGUCGCCUCAGGAGGAUAAAGAGCGAACAUCUCAUAGAAACUUUUCAGAGGCUGUGACCAGCGGGUACCGCAAACUGAACAGUCAGUACGGGAUCGAUGCCUGGAGGAGAUGGAUACGGUGGAGGGAAUCACAAACAAACCCGGACCUGGUUUCUCCAGGUGACGCAGCCUUAAAAGAAGACAUUCUUCGCUGCUCUGCGGCUGAGCUGAGCCAAGGCCUCUGUCGUUUCAUCACUGAGGUGAAACGACCUGACGGGGAGCAGUACACCCCCGACAGCCUGUUCUACCUCUGCCUCAGCAUACAACAGUAUCUGUUUAAGAACGGUCGAAUGGAGAACAUAUUCAGUGAUCUGACCUACAGCAAGUUCUUGACAGUUUUCACUAAGAUCCUGCAAGAUUUCAAACCUCCAGUCGCAGCCAGUGGUAAUAUCCAUUUCUGUGUUGAGGAGGAGUUUCUGUGGGACUGUAAACAGCUGGGGGCGUACUCCCCCAUCGUCCUCCUCAACACUCUGCUCUUCUUUUGCUGCAAGUACUUCCACUUCACCACGGUGGAGCAGCAUCGCCAGCUGUCCUUCGCCCAUGUCGUGCACUACACCAAAACCAACCAGGACAACACCGAGACCACCUUCCUGCGCUUCUACCUGCCCUCUACAAAUGAGGCAGAUUCAGACGGUGUCCCGGCCAAGAAACGAAGAAAAAAUGAGAGUGAAGAGGAAAUCCUGGAGAUGAAGGAAAACACAAAGAACCCUCUUCGCUGUCCGGUCAGACUCUACGAGUUCUACGUCUCCAAGUGCCCAAAGUCGGUGAGGCGGCGCUCUGAUCUGUUCUACCUUCAGCCCGAUCGCUUCUGCCUCCCCAACAGCCUUGUGUGGUUCUCCUCCACACCUCUGGAUGACGGCACCAUGGAGGCCAUGCUCAUACGAACCCUCACCAUCAGAGAGCUGUGGAGGGAGGAUAGAAGUGGUACAGACCAACAGACGACAGGCGACAGGCAACCUUUUAUACCUGAUGAGGGGGAUUCAGAAUGAUGAAGGCAGGUUGGAUCACCAGAGACAUUUUUUGACAUUGUUUUUGGAGGAA